CUACAGAUUGCGAUGCUUUGGGAUGUCUGGUGUUUUCAGAUGUAAAGUCACGGCUAGUAUCCUACUGAAAUUAGUGUGGAAGUCAAAUUAUACCAUGGAAUAAUAUGCUAUGGCGAAGCAUUUUACAAUACGGAAUCCCACUUUAUCUGGUUAUGCUGAAGCAAAGAAUUGUCAAAUUUUGUUAUGGGGUCGAAUUUGGCACUAUGAAAACAAAAGUGUUAAUUGGGGAUAUGGGAUUUGUGAAUCAGAGAUGAAUGGGGAUUUAUGAAUCACAGUUCUGACUGAUCACAAAUGAGGUGUAUGUGUGCGCGAAGUGUGUCUGAGAAAUAAGGAAUCACGUGUACCCAUGUCAGACUACAUAGUCCGUUUGAUCAACAGGUUAUGCUGGGCAGGCAGGUCUACAUAAUAUGAGAUUAGAACAGCCAUUGAUGACAUAUAACUGAAAAAGAACUUAAAGGCCUAUCUUGCAUACUUUGAAAAAAUAAACUAGAUUCAGCCGCGGGCUGAUUUUUUUCUUGAGCGAAUAGUCGGGGGUCUGGAACAUAAUUACAAAUAAUUUGUAGACUGCAAAUUGACCACAUGAAGCCCAAACAGAUAUAAUGUUUGCCUAAAACAAUCAAUUAAAACCUUGCUACGGUUUGUAUAAGAUCACGUGUCUCUCUAUUGUGCGUGGGAAUACUUGGGAACAGAUUUCUUAAAUUAAAAUAACUUGGAGCUGAUUUUGGGGAACACUGCCCUAGAGAAUAUAGUACCCCUUGGAACCCAGAGAACUACCCAUCAGAAUAGGGUCUCCCCAGCCCCCAGGUUUGACUGAGAAUUGUUUAAGUUGGUUGGCCCUUGGCCCAUUCUGUGGCUACAACAUUGUUUUGGAGGGCCUGUAAGUUCCACAGGCAGCUGGGUCCCUUUCCUGCUCUGGCCAGGGACACAGGCUACAGUAUCCACUGAGAAAGGAAACUCGCCACUUCCCGCCAUUGAUGACUGCAGGAAGGAAGAACUCUCUGUGUGACCUCAUCCUGUUAGACCCGUGCCAUUGUAUGGAGCUGCAGGCUGGGUUUGCUUACUCAUGGCGUGGGUGUGGGUGGGUGAUUCCCUGACUUAAGUACGUCAGUGAAGAUCCAGCAGACAAGGAAUAGACAGCUACAGUACAGACCUCAGCCUUGUUUGAGUGUUUGAUGUUUUCAGUGAAAAGGUGUGGGUAUUCCAACAUAAGAAUUAUACUGUUUUGGCCCAGUGAGUAAGCGACUAUAUAAGGGAUGGAAUUAAACAUUAUGAUGAUCAUGUUUACUAUACAUUGCAGUGAAAAAUAAGGAUUUCUGCUUUUAUAAUAUUAUUUAAUCUAUUACCACACUAUUACCUCUGCCAUUUCAUUUGUGAUUUUUGUCAGGUAUUUUUGUCCAGAACAAGAGAGGGGCAAAAAGCCCAUUCUAAACAGCAUCAGUCAGACAUACACCAUCUUCCCUCUUCCCUCUUCCCUCUGUGUUCCAGGUAUAGCAUAGCUGUCGCUAUGGCAACGAGCGCUGUUCCCAGCGACAAUCUCCCCACGUAUAAACUGGUAGUGGUGGGGGAUGGGGGAGUGGGGAAGAGUGCUCUCACCAUUCAGUUCUUUCAGAAGAUCUUUGUCCCUGAUUAUGACCCCACCAUCGAAGACUCCUACCUCAAACACACUGAGAUUGAUGCCCAGUGGGCCAUAUUGGACGUUCUGGAUACAGCAGGCCAAGAGGAGUUCAGUGCUAUGAGGGAACAGUACAUGAGGACUGGGGAUGGGUUCCUCAUCGUGUUCUCUGUCACAGACAAGGCCAGCUUUGAACAUGUGGACCGCUUCCAUCAGCUCAUCCUCAGGGUGAAGGACCGGGAAUCCUUUCCUAUGGUUCUUGUGGCCAACAAAGUGGACCUGCUGCACUUACGUAAAAUACCCAGUGAUCAGGGGAGGGAGAUGGCUAGUAAACACAGUAUAGCUUACAUUGAAACAAGUGCUAAGGACCCAGCCAUGAAUGUUGACAAGGCAUUCCAUGAGUUAGUUAGAGUAAUCAGGCAACAGAUUCCAGAGAGGAGCCAGAAGAAGAAGAGGAUAACCAAGUGGCGGGCCGACAGGUCCACUGUCUCCCACAGACUGCACUGUGUCGUCCUAUGAUGGCUUUCGUUGUACAGCGGCUCCCUACAGGACAAGGGGGGAAGAUUAUUAUAUUUAGGAGUGUUUACUCUCUACACAAAGUGCCAGGAUGCAGUUUGUACCCUCUACCCUGGCACAUGAGUUAGGUAGUAGGGUCAGGUCCAACAGCACAGUAGUUGCCCAGACAUGGGAUGUGAGUGACUCACCCUAAAAGGACCAGCGGAAGUAUUACACCUCUUCUGGGGAUGUGCACUAACUAACUUGACUACAUGGAGAUAAAGUGGCAUCAAUACUGCCAUUGUCUACCGCUGAAGCUCUUUGAGAGAGAUACUGGAUAUAUGGACUCACAAAGAUCAUCGGUAAAUAAUUAGGACAUACUGUAGCAGGGUCACACAAAGUUGUUUUACUAAGAGGUAGGCCUUUAAAACUUGGUCCAUGUUUUUAAAAAUACUUUUCUUGUGAUUGUCCCUCAUCUGUGAUACAUGUUUUAAAUUAAGAUGGAGGCGAUUGAGUAAAGCACUGUAAGGAGGGAGGAAACAGAGAGCUUUCCCCAGCGAGGGGGAGUAUAGUAGAGAGGGGAGUGAGAGGAGGGGAGAGGAUGUGUCUGUUUGUGUUGGAAUCAGUGGGCUUGUCAGACAGCAGAGAGAAGAAGGGUAAGUGAGGAAAGAGAUACAGAGAGAGAAAGACAGAUUCCAAAUGGAUAGCAGCUGGCAAAGGGACUUCAGACAUUGUGUCAAAGCCUGGGAGGCAGCCAAUGUGUAGCCCCAUGAUUUAUACAGGGCGAAUGUCUUUAUAAUCUCUGAACAAGACUGUUAUUUAACUGUAUUGUAGCUUAUUGAACACACCAAAUGUCUUAUUUGAACGUACACUUGUGAACCAUGACCAUUUUGAUGUAUCAGUGCUCACUGGAUAUAGUUGUGUACUUCUCAAAACGCUUUAAACACACUAUUGUGGUGUGUGUGUAUGUGUUUGUGUGUGUGUGCGUGCGUGCGCCGGAUAUGUUGUGGCCGAGACGAUGAAAUAAAAUUUUCACAUGUGAAUAUUA